ACAGGUAGCAGUGGAACAUGAAACACAGACAGGGUUACAAAAUAUGGAAAAGGCAAUCAACAGAGAAGUAGAGGUAAUGGACAUGGAGCAGGUAGUAGACAGGAGAAACCAAGUGGUGAGCAAUGAAAACCAAAGGGUUUAAAUACAGAGGUAGGGUGUAGAAUGGACCAAUGAACAAGGGGGGCUAAUAAGUAGACGUAUGGAGCAGCUGGUGACAGGGAGAAUACAUAUCAACUGAAGGAGGGAGGCUAAUAAACACAGAUGAGCAGGGAGUCCCAGGAAGUAACAGAAACAUCUGAACACAAGAAUGAAUCAUGAACCUAAACUACAAUGAAUGAACUAAAAUAACAGAAACUGAAGAACGUAAACAGAGGAGUGCAGAGAAAACAGAUGAGGAGCUCAUACUCACAACCUAACACAAGAGAGUUAUGACAUUAGUCUCACAUUUCUCUUUAUGUUGUGGCUAACCCAAUAUUUGGAUUCAGGAAACACUCAAAAGAGGAACUCAAUUCAAGAAGCUGGCUGUAAAUGUUAGCACCCACAACUUUGCCACGAGUUCUUCAACAUGAAGAGCAUCUUUCUACUUAUCCUCUCGCUGAUGACAGGUACUGAGUCCUUGACAGAAGUGAAUGCAUGCUGGGAAGGAUGGGUGGAAAUCACAAGUAAAUAUCCUCACGAAGAGAAAAUAUAUGAUAAAGUCCAAGUAGUUUCACCAGCUAGCACCAUACAGAGCAAUCAGACAGGAAAAUGGGAAAAAAGUGACCAAUUUUACCUGUACCAUGAUACAGUUAAAAAAUAUCUCAGGCUUAUUGUUCAACCUUUUAAAUCCAAGGACCGUGGAACAUACUGUUUUAAAUUUGGUCAAACCGCCCCAGCAGAAAGGAGAGAAGUAAAGAUUGUUGAAAAAAAUCAUUGCACGACAAUCAAUCAAACAGCUUACAGAGCAGCUAAAACCAGCAUUAGAUGUAAUUAUUCAGAUCUGGAUCAGUCCAAGAUCAAGUUCAUCUGCAAGGCCAACAAUUAUACUUGUAAGGAAAUCUUAACAACACAGCUAUCUAAGAGGUCAAAAGGAAGAUUUAGCCUGACAGACAUCAGCACUGGCUUCGAUCUGUCAAUCAGUCAAGUGUCUUUAAACGAUGCUGGUGUCUACUGGUGUGGAGUGAAAGAAAAGGAUGACAGUUACCGAGCUGGAAUCACAAAAAUACAGCUGAAGGUUAAAAAUAUCACGAUCUUCAAAAGAUAUCCAACUGCAGGAACAUCUUUAAGAUUAUUUUGCAAAUACAGUGCAAAUAUCUCUAACCUUAUAAAAUUUAUUUGUAAGGGAGAAAAUCAAAACGAAUGUCAGCACAUUGGAAACACCACAAACACAAGUAUGAAAGGCAGGUUUAUGAUGGACAACAAAAUAAACCGAACCAUAACAAUAACAUUGAGAAAAGUUAUAGCAGCUGACUCAGGGACGUACUGGUGUGGAGCAGAGAACACUGACGAGGAACGCAGCAAAAUAUUCAUCAGCAUGUUUGUUGUGACAGUCGAUGGCACGAAGAACUCUUUGAUCAUUACUACAGUUGUGCUGGUGGUUCUGCUUUUGGUGAUAAUUUUGAUCCUUAUUUGCAAACGACGUUCACAUUCAAAAAACACUGAAUCGAGAGCAUCAGAACAACAUCCUGCAGAGGAGUGUGUCUAUGAAGAGGUACAGGAGCAUCAGCCAGCCCCAGUGACUUCUAUUUAUGCCACUGCCAACAAUCCCACAAAUGAUACCACCUUGGUGGAGUACUCAUUUAUCAACUUUCAAAGCACUUCAGACAAUAAAGCUGACAGAGAAUCUCUGAAUCCCAGAUCUGUUCCGAAGUACAGCCAGAACCCAACCAUCUCAAAUGAUCAGCCAUACAGAUCUACAGACAAAACUCUUUACUCCACAUUUAUGGAGACACAACAGAAGAAAAAUCAAAUAAACUGAAUUCUGCUACACAUUCCUACCCUGACCAAUUGAUAGAGUUAAAUGAAUCUGGAAUUAAUUUACCGUCUUACAUUUAUGUUUUCUGCUUUGUUUAUAAUUUACUUAUUUGAGCUCAUUAUUUUAUCAAGUUAGCAUGAUCACCUGUACCUACAAAUUUAGCCAGCCUAUUGAAGAUUUUAUAAAUAUGUUAAAAGUUUUGUGGUUCUACAAAAAGUUGCUUUAUCACAGCUUAAUGCACUUCUUUAUAACUGCUUACUGGAUUGUUAUGUAAUUAUGAUCAUGUGAUUGCUUAUUUUUUAGUUUGGUUAGUUCCUAUUUUUAUGAAAAACAAAGUCUACCAUAUAUCAGUAUAUACAUUAUUUUUAUUACUUAUUGGAAUAUAAUAAUUUUACCACAUUUUGUUUGUAUUGUUCAAUUCAAUUCAGUUUAUUUAUAUAGC